AGGGCGAGCUCUCUUGUUGUGGCGUUGCCUGUCACCGAGGAAGAAGGAGGCGGAAGCGGCCUGUUCCGCCUCUUCGGGUCGCGCCUGAGGGGCCCUCGGAGGGCUCACGCGGGCAGGGCCACCAUGCAGCCUCCCGGUCCCCAGCCGCCGCCGCCUCCCCCGCUCUACGCCCCGGGCAACGGGGACUUCACUUUCGUCUCUUCAGCCGAAGCCGCAGAUCUGAGUGGUUCAAUAGCAUCUCCAGAUGUGAAGCUCAAUCUUGGAGGAGGAAGUGGGGAAUUUGGUAAAGAAUCUACAGCAACUACAUUCCUGAGACAGAGAGGAUAUGGCUGGCUUUUGGAAGUAGAAGAUGAUGACCCUGAAGAUAAUAAACCUCUCUUGGAGGAGUUAGACAUUGAUCUGAAGGACAUAUACUACAAAAUUCGGUGUGUCUUGAUGCCAAUGCCUUCCCUUGGAUUUAAUAGACAAGUAGUAAGAGAUAAUCCUGACUUUUGGGGUCCUCUAGCAGUUGUCCUGUUCUUCUCAAUGAUUUCGUUAUAUGGACAGUUCAAGGUUGUAUCGUGGAUUAUAACUAUUUGGAUAUUUGGAUCCUUGACAAUCUUCCUACUGGCCAGAGUUCUUGGAGGAGAGGUAGCUUACGGCCAGGUUCUUGGAGUGAUUGGAUAUUCUUUACUCCCUCUUAUUGUAAUAGCACCUGUGCUUCUGGUGGUUGGAUCAUUUGAAGUUGUUUCUACGCUAAUAAAACUUUUUGGAGUCUUUUGGGCUGCGUACAGUGCUGCUUCCUUAUUAGUCGGAGAAGAAUUUAAAACUAAGAAGCCCCUCUUGAUCUAUCCCAUCUUUCUAUUGUACAUUUAUUUUUUGUCCUUGUAUACUGGAGUGUGAACAGCUUUAUUUGGAAGUGGGCAGGAAAAAUGUCUUGCUCACCAUGAAGACUGAUGAAAAGUCGCUUGAUGGAAAAAAACAGAUUGUGUCCUAUCUGACUGGGAUGAGUUUGGUGGUAAUCUACGUAUAUCUGUGUAUCAUAUUUAAGCAGUUUUACUUACAUUAAAGAUUUAUAACAGAGUUUAGGUUUAAGAUUUGUCAGAUUUUUAUUGAACAGAGAUACGAACAUUGUGUAUUUAUACUUUGAAACUGCAGAACUGUAAGAGUUUGUUACCUGUGCCAAAAGCACUAGGACUAUACGAUAAGAUAAACUGAAGUAGAAUUAUAGUUACUGGUAAUAGUUCAAAGUCGGUUUCUUGAAUUCAGCAUAGCAGAUUCUAUAGAUGUACUGUAUUUCUGAAUUGGUCCUGAUUGUUCAGUCUGGUAAUCAAGACAUGGCAUUUAACGUGGAGCCUUGAAUACUCUCAAUUUGGCUGCUGAGUUAUAAAUUCUGAUUUUAAAAAUGUUUUAUGUUUACAGUUUAUGAUAUUUAAUUGUUAAGGAACUGACGGAGAGUGGAAUAAUUGGAUGAUGUAAAUGUCUGAAUCAACUGUAUAUGUGCUGUAGGAAAACUAUCCUACAAUGCUAAUUUUGAAUCUCUUCAAAAGGUAACUUUUUACAUUACAGUAGUGGUAAUAAGAGAGAAAUUAUUAAAUUAACAUCAUGAUCCAGAACAAUGUCUUACAAAGGAAUAAACAUUGCUUCUCCAAAACUACUUGGUUUUAUAACACCUUGAUUUGCUUUUUAACCUAUUUUUCUGUCAAACCCAGUACCAGGAUUUAUGCUGAACUUCAGAAAUUAUCAAAGUUGUCGUAUUAAUUUUCUUAGGCCAAACAGAGCAUUUAUUUUAAGGUUAAAGUCAUAUAUUAGAGAGUAGUCAAGUUAUCAAUGUUCAAUCACAAUCUUAAUUGAGCUGUCUGACGUAACAAUUUUCCUGUAUUAUUGUCCUAUAAGAUCAACCCUGUUAGUAAAAUUAUUGAAAGGCUUUACGUAUGCACCUUUUAUGAAUGCGUAUACUGUAGUACUCCUUUCUAAAUAUUGAGAAACAAUCCACAUCCCAUUAAUCAUAUUCUAUGUUAAUGAACAACACAUGCAUAUUAUGUAUUAUCAAUUUUUGAUAAACCCACUUGCCAGAACUUUGGGAGCAAUUAUCUUCAGUUAAAAACAGUACCUGGCUGCUGACAGUAUAAUCCUUGCGUGACAGUGAUUUGAACAGUGCUCUCCCAGCUAUAAAAUCCUGACUAUACUUUGUUAUUUAAGAUAAAAAGUACAUACAUUAAAGAAGUCUACAUAAAAGAAGGUACACAACUUUUCUCUAUAUAAUUUAUUUUUACAGCUUUCUUGACUAGUUUAUGGAUUGAAAUCCUUUUUCCUGGCUUCAGGGCACAAGUGUGAACAAUCAAGACAUACCUAUGCUAUUGACUAAUAAUCAAGAACUCACAACUUUAAUUCAUUUCUUAACCUUAUGCCUCAAAUGGAUGGAUUCAGGUGUAUACUAGCGUGUAUUUGGAGCAGACGUGCAUAAUGUUUUUGAGGUGAAAUAUCUUUUCCAUGUGCAGUGCAAAGAAAACUAUCAACAGUUGUUGGAUGGUUUCAACAAUUUGUUUUAUAAUAUUUGACUUAUUCCUAAUAUUAGCUCAGGCCUAUGUAAAUACAGGAAAUGUAUUUUAGGGAAAAUUGAAUUAUAUUUGUUCACAGACCACAUCUAACAUUUAUUUAUAACGAAGAGACAAGACUUAACAUUUCAUAUUUUUCAUUUCAUUGUUUCUAAAAAUGUAAAUAAAUUUUUAGGAUUGUUGAAAAUA